AGGUAUAACCAAUGGAGCAUUUGGUGCUUCGGACAGUAGUUCUCUGUGUAGUAUUGCAUUCUGGCCUGUUUGAAAAUCAAGAUCGUAAUCGGUUUCAACCUAGAAACCUUGAGAUUUCCAUGAGCAUUGAUCUUCAGCAGCUAUCAGUGAAAUGGGAUGUUGGCGAUGAUUCCGAAACAUACUACUCUGAAACAGAUCUUGUUUUUAAUAUCCAAGUCAAUCGAACCGAAGAGAAGAUUAUUGACCACCCAACUUGGCAUGAAAUUCCCAGACCCUGGCCUCUCCAGGUACAGGAGAAUUAUACGACCAUUCUCAGUAAAUCAAAUAGACGUCUGCAAUGGAACUGGACUUCCGAAAUACCCUUGGAGUGUGCUGCUCAUGCAAUAAGGAUCAGGAGCAUGGUGAGGUUUUCUGAAGUUUGGAGCGACUGGAGCCCAUGGAAGAUAGCAGAUGGGCUGGGUGCUGCAAACAUUCGCUGGUAUUUCUUAUGGCCAAAGGGUGAAAAGAUCGUUGAAAUGGGUUCUGACGUCAAGUAUUGCUGCAUUGGGGUGGAAAACAAGAGCGCACCGAAUUUUUAUUUUGGUGAUAAGCAGAUGAAUGUUGGACUACAACGAAGAGUAUUGGUUACUUUGAAAAAUGUUACUCGUUCCAAGAGACUUGGCUACACUAUCCAGUGUGAUUCCGAAAGCGCAUCACUCUUUGUGACCAACCAGCCUGAUAAACCCAAAGACCUAGCCUGCAAAACAGAAGACAUGAUUAACUUAGAGUGUACCUGGCACCCUGGUGCUAAUGCUGAGUUGCUAUGUCCAGCAAACUUCACAUUGUCUGAUGGUUCUUCCAAUGAAACGUAUUGCAACAUGACCUCUUCCCCAUCCUGUUCAUUCAAGAUUGGCAAGCAAACCAUAUACAAUUUAAUACUGACAUCCAGAAAUUGCAUUGGAAAGAAACUUACCAAUCUUACUGUUGAUGUAGCCCACAGAGUUCACCCUGCAGCCCCCAACAAACUCCUUGCAGGUUAUACAAAUGCUACUACCAUCCAGUUACAAUGGCAGAUAAAUGAAAUAAGUGAAGCCCUGUUGCUGUUAUGUGAAAUUCAUGGUGCUUCUCAUGAUGGGGAACAGAAAAACGUUACAGUGCAGUACAGUAAAGAUUCACACCCCCAAAUUAUCCUGGAUGGGUUGCAGCCUUCUACAAACUACAUGUUAAAAGUACGCUGUGGUGCUGCUAGACAUUUUUGGAAAUGGAGCAAUUGGAGCGAAAGUAAAACUAUCCCAACAGAUGAAGCUGCUCCAUCAGGGCAACUGGAUAUUUGGAGAGACAUCAACUCGUGUUUGGAGAACUGUAGCAUAACGAUAUUCUGGAAGGCAUCACCAGACUUCCAUGCUCACGGAAAAAUUGUAAAGUAUGAGAUAUUGUGGGAAAAGUUAGAGGAACCUACUGAAACACAUCGCAGUGACAUAAGUCCCACAUUGAAUAAUUGCACCAUUUCCCUUGGUAACUCAUCUUACAAAAUCAGUGUCUCAGCAAGGAACUCUGUGAACGCAUCUCAUCCUGCUGUGAUUGUCAUCUCGGCAGCUGAAGAUGAUGGAAACAUGAAUCGCAGCAUGGAAGACACACAGAAUAACACAGAACAUGGCAUUUAUAUUGCUUGGCAGUCUCAAAGCAGGUUUGAUGGCUACGUCGUGGACUGGUGCAACAACCCAAAGUCCCAUCCUUGUGACUUUCAGUGGAAGAAGUUUGGCCCCAAUGACUCCAGUGCUCUCAUUACACUUGAUGCUUUCGAAUCUCAUGUGAGAUACACUUUCCGGGUGUAUGGGACUAUAGAUGAUAGAGCCCAUUUACUGGAAAAGAAGGCUAAAUAUCUUAACGAAUCAGACCCAGCUCGUGAGCCUGAUAAUCUGAAAACACAUACAGUGACUUCCCAUUCAUUUACCCUAACUUGGGAAUUUGAUCAUCUCAAUGAAACCCACCCAGGUUUUAUCAGAGGUUACUAUGUUUACGUGAAAAAGGAACAUGGAAACUGCACGUUACUUCCAGACCAUCCAGUGCAUUGCAUCUAUACCAUUGAAGAUCCAAAUCUUAAGACUUUUACAGUGAGGAACUUGGAGCCCAGCACACAUUACGAGGUUGGAGUUAAAGCUUACAGUGUCGGCUUACAAGCUCUCCCUAAGAACUUCAGACAAGUAUUGACAGCCUCUGAUGAUGGAAAUGGGUGGCUGCAGAUCCUUCUGCCACUUGUGAUUGUACCAUCUGUGCUCCUACUUGCUGUGUGCAUCUGGAAAAGUGAAUGUGUGAAGAAUUCAUUGAAAAUCCCCCACCCUGAUGCAGCCCUUUUAAAGAUUCCACAGGUGAAGUCCGGACCCAUGGAAAUAAGCGACGCCCCUCCCAGCAAAUUACAGCUGAUAGGAACGUGCCCAGGCCCCGUCAGUAAGCAGCCUCCACUUCCAAAUUUUGUGGAAAAUUGGAGCUACUUUAACCCACACGGUUGUGAGACUCUACCAUCACGAAAGGGAGCAAGCAAGAAACCCAACUUACCUUUGACAUCUUACCAGCCGCUCGAGAGCUUUGGUUUUGGAAGCACAGCUAUCAGCCACCUGCCAGAAAUGAGUCAAGGCAACUUAGACUCUCUCUCUCAAACAGAAGUGCCUCUCGGUGCGGGUUCUGUUGAACCCAGGCAGCUAUUGGUUUACAAACCCCAGCUGCCCCAAGAGUCCACAGCAAACAUGCCUGCAUCUGAUGAUGAAAGGUUGCAUUUAACUGCUAUACACUGUUGAGCUCUGUACAGGAGCUGCUUCUAGAUCGACAUCGUAGUAGUCACUGAAGCCGGACAGGUGGAUGUGGUUUAGUCCUGCUGGCCACAUGACCUGGAAAGCUGUCU